UUCCCUGGGUGAAAGGAAGUGUAUUUGGGACUCUAGUGGGUAGUCUGCAUCUACAAUUACUUCCAGGGGGGAGGGAAUUUGGGGCUGGCAAAGCUAGGCAGGGAAAGGGCAGUUCUCCUACCAGACACUGGGAAAGCAGCACAGACCAGGCAGUGGAGAGCAGACUGCCUGGAACAGUUUGCCCUGAAAGACUUUGAUAGCCUGAAAGAGGAGGACCAUAGUGACCUGGCCAGAGGGCUAAGUCAUGAAGAGGAAGCUGUAGCUCCUGGAGCAAGAGGGGCUGCAGGGUGAGAGAGGAUGAUGGGUAGAGAGACUGCCAGAGAAGGGCACAGCACCUGGAAGGAGCUAACCUGCAGAGCGGCCAGGAGGAGGUGUCACAAGUGGAUAUUUUGCUGUGAAAGCCUUUAAUGCUCCAGUGUUCUUCUGGACUACGAGUCUGGUAUGCCUUGCAGCAGGAGCGGGACAGACUAAUGCUAGACCCCAGGCCUUCCUUUUAAAGGUUUCAUAGCAAUAUCGGGAAAAGUUCCACGAUAGACCAUGCCUGUCCCUCCCCCUCCAGCUCCUCCACCUCCCCCAACUCUUGCACUGGCAAAUACCGAAAAGCCUUCCUUAAGCAGGUCUGAACAAGCAGGGCGAAAUGCUCUCUUAUCUGAUAUUGGCAAAGGAAAAAAGCUAAAGAAGGCUGUUACUAAUGAUAGAAGUGCCCCUAUCCUAGAUAAACCCAAAGGAUCUGGCGGUGGCGGCGGCGGCAGUGGCGGAGGAGGUGGCGGAGGAGGUGGCGGUGGCGGUGGUGGCUAUGGCGGAGGUGGACCACCUGGCUUAGGAGGCCUGUUUCAGUCAGGAAUGCCAAAGCUCAGAUCUGCAGCAAAUCGAGAUACAGAUUCUGGAGGAAACAGACCUCCCAUGCUGCCACCAGGAGGAAGAGCAACAUCUGCCAAGCCUUUUUCACUUCCAAGUGCCGCUGGGAGAUUUCCAGGGCCUUCUUUGGGGCAAAGAAGUACCGCUCCCGAACCACAGAGAAACCGAAUGCCACCUCCGAGACCUGAUUUUGGUUCCAAACCAGAUACAGGACCUCCUCCAGUGCCAAAUACUCCAAGACCCAUUCCAUCAGGUUUACACAACAGAAUAUCCCCUCCUGUGCCAGGAGUAAACAGGCAAACCAACGCAGGGCCUAUCCCUCCAUCUUUCCCAGGAAACAGAAAUACAGGAUUCGGAGGAUCUAUUCGCCAGUCGACUGCAAGUUCCUCGUCUUCUUUCUCUAACAGACCUCCCCUUCCUCCUGCGCCUGGAAAGUCAACAGAUGACAAGCCGCCGCCACCACCACCUCCAACAGGAAACAGGGCACCCAUCAACCGGGAACCUUCCUUUCCACCUCCACCGCCUCAAAACAAUAAACCUCCCAUUCCUUCCACGCCUCGGCCAUCCACUGUCUCACAGGCUCCACCCCUGCCUCCAGGCAGGCCAGGCCCACCUCCAGUUCCACCCAUUUCCAGUGGAAAUGAUGACAUGCCACGUCUUCCACAAAGGAAUCUCUCUCUAGGUUCUCUUGCACCUCCCAGCUUGCCUGGGACAGGUCGAUCUGUCCCUCUUCCUCCCCCUCCAAAUGAGCGGCCUCCUCCUCCAGUAAGAGAUCCACCUAGCAGAUCAGGACCCCUUCCACCUCCUCCUCCUGUAAACAGAAAUGGCAGCAUUUCACGGGCAUUGCCUGCUACUCCACAGCUGCCUUCCAGGGCAGGAUUAGAAAACCACAGAGGUGGACCAAGGCCUCCACUUCCUCCUGACAGACCUGGUUCCGGAGCUCCUCCACCACCACCUCCUGCACCAUCAUCAGCAAUCAGAAAUGGCUUCCAGGACUCGUCAUUUGAAGAUGAGUGGGAAAGCAGAUUUUCCUUCCAUCCGAUAUCUGACCUGCCACCUCCAGAGCCAUAUGUACCAAUGAACAAAAGUUACCCCAGUAAACUAGCAAGGAAUGAAAGCAGAGAUGGCUCUGGCCGAAGGGAAAGAGGUGUCCCACCGCUCCCGCCUAUACCGAGGUGAAGUGGGUUUCCAGCCCUUCUGAGGGUGACUGCUGUUUUUAAAUGUCUCUUGAAUUACUUCUCACGCCCAUGUCAUUGGAAAGUUGCCUCUUCUGCUUUAUUUCCACUUUUGGCUUGUGAUUAGGGGUAAUUUGAGUAUCUGUUAGAGAAGUAAGGUACAGUUUAUGAACCAUAGUUGCUUAAAACUGUAGAUUUUACUUGCUUAUAUAGCAGGCUGCCAUGAAAGGCAUUUUGGGGACCAUAUAUAACAAUAUAUAUAUUCUUACUGUGUCCCGUCCUGUUCCCAGUGAUCUUGGUGGGAGUUUUGCCAUUGAAUUCAACAAGAGCAGGCGUAAGCCCAUUGACUAGUUUUGGGUGAAGUAGUUGUAACAUUUCAACUACAAAUUCCAAUAAUUUACUGCUGUCCGUCUGGAAACUAAUCACAUGGGGACAGCACACAGAUGAGAUUCCCUUGGAUCUUUUUUUGCAUGCUUCCACGCCCUAUCCCGCUUCUGCAUGCUACUGCCCAACUUUUAUGUGAGUCUGCAAGUUAAUAGUUCAACGCAAAUUCUUUUGACCAUAGUUUAGCCUGUCAGAAGCGUGUGUUUAUGCUACAGAUAGCCUUCCCUGAGGGUGACAACUAAAUGGCAUAAUCUUCUGACACCCCACGAGCCCUGGGCUCCAGCAGAGGCUAUCUCCUGCCUUCAUUCUCCAGGGGAAAGCCAUGACAUGAAGGAGAAUCCUCAAAAGAAGAGAGAAAAUUGAGAAUUCAGCAGUGUAAUAGUGUCCUGUAUGGCCCUGAUGCCUUGUUUUGUAAUAGUUUUAUGUUGUUAAUCUCUACUUGUCCUUUCCAUUUGGACAUGGAUCAUGCUGCAGUUAUCCAUGCCCUCAAAAUUGGAUUACUGUAAUGCUCUUUGUCGGACUACACCUGAAGACUACUCAGACUACGACUAGUACAAAAUGCAGCAGCCCCCUUAAUUAUAUGCUCCUUCUGUGAAGCCUGCUAACACCUAUGUGCCACAGAUUGCAUUGGAUUCCCAUUUGGUUCUGGGUAUAAUUCAAGAUGUUUUUGACUAAUGAAGCUCUGUGUGGCUUGGCUGCUCGAGAAAGUGCUUCUCCCUUGUGUUGCAUGGCAAUUGAGAUCAACUGAGUGCUUGAGUGAAUGGCCCUCACUUUUAAAUAGGAGGGAUCUAGUGGAAGGGCAUUUUCUAGUGAAAGCCAUAAACUCUGGAACUUUCUGUCCAUGCUGGUUCAACAGGGGUGGAAUGUAUUGACCUUCUGAGCUUGCUCUAUGGCCUACCUGGGUCCAAACUUUUAUUUGAGAGGGUAUCAGGAGGAUCUGAAGGAAAUUCCCUUAUUGGGAGAAAGCAAGCCUUUUUUAGGCAUUGUGAUGAUUGGUGAAAUUGCAGAACUGCUUUUAAAUAUUGUACGUAAGCAAAGAGUGUUUGUUUAGUUCAUUUUAUAAACUGAUAUAAACAAGUGGAAAAAGACAUUUGGAAAUCAUAGGAGGACUUUGAUUCUGGAUUUGAGCGUGGCUGAUGAAUGUAUCUCUGUCAGCUGGACUUCUGAAAGUUAGCUUUGAAGAAUAACUAUCCGUCACCUCCCCACCAAUCUCUGACUCUCUCAAUGUGCUCAUUGGAGUCCCCAGGAAGUCCUCACUGAUGGACAUGUUUCAUACUGUGUUGCUCAUUAAAUCAGAGGAAGAAGCCAUGCAGGUUAGAAAUAUAUUGGGCUAAAUGCCUCUCCCCGCCCAGCAGUGGAAAACAUGAUUCCUGAUUCAGCUCUGCAGGUUUUGUUACGGUAUGAUACUUUUGAGCCCAGCACUUGAAUAUCUGCAGGGGGGUGGGUUGGCAGAAGAGACUCUUCGAAAUGAACAUCGAACCCUAGGGAAACGUGUCCAGUAGGACCUUCUCCAUUAUGUGACUGUGCAGUGGCAGAUCCCACCCUGCCUUACAAUCUGUGCAAUCCCGUUGACAACAGGGUAGGAUUUGAACAUGAUAAAUACAGCUUUGCCUUUCCAGUAUGUUUGUUUACAAAGUCACGUUUGGAUUUUUUUACCUAUGAUAGUAUUUGAUAGAAUACAUAUUUUUACAUUUUGAUAUCUCUGGGCUUCUUGCACAGAUUUCAGAAGAAGCUCCCCCUGUGAAAUGUAUCUUUGGAUCAAGCCCAUGUGAUCAGUAAAUAUACUAACGUCACUUGUAAGAAUGGCACUUAAAAAAAACAAAAAACAUACAGGCUAUAAUAUUGAAAGUCUGUAUGUGGCUCACUAUUGUGUGAGUCUAAAGUCCAAAGAAGAUUUAAAACACCUAGUGAUAUUUAUAGGAUAAAUGAUUGUAUUCAUGCUGUUUAAACUAAAGCACUUAUGGCUUUCUGAGGAAUGACAUCAUGGACUUGAGAAUACAAUAUUUUAAUGCAUCACCCUGCCAAAGUCUUAAUAAAAUAUGAAUAGUUAUGGAGUGUAACAACUGAGAGCAACUCCAGAUGUUAUACAUUUUUGUAACUUAUCUGCAUAUAGCAAAACAGUUUUACUUUGGCUGUGUCAAUGAAAAUGCUGUAUUUCAUUCCUGUAGCUGACUGCACCAUCCAAAAUACUCCACAAUUCGCUUCCUGAGCAGAAUUUCUCUAUAAUAAUAACCAAAGCCAUAACAAAUUAGCGUAAGUCUAAUUUUAAACUAUGAUGUGGGCUUCAGUGAGGGAAGCAAAGAAAUCUAAUCUGUUUGGAACUGUCUGAUUCUUAGCACUUUCUUUCGAGUAGAAAUUUUUUCAAUAUGUAUACGCUAAGCAUCCAUAAAACACCUUUGAGAAAUGAAAGUAGUCAUUUUUCCCUCAGAUAGUAAUAACUGUAUAUCUUUUGAUUGUAAAAUUCACCAAAUAUAUUAAAAAAACAGUGCAUCAUUUUAACAUUCAGUAUAUCAUUUUGUAUACAAGUAGAUAUUUACAAUAAGUUCAGUAUUACAGUAUUUAUUUCACUAUGCAUAAUGUUUAAAAAAGAUAAGCAUGAAACAAAACUGGUUAAUCCAAGGGUGCCUUACUAUAUUUUAACAAACUUUUGAUGUCAAAAUAGCAAUUACUGCCUUUUUAUAAAAAUUUUAGAUGUUUUGCUUUGAUGUCUAAUGUAAAAUACAAAACAGUGCUUAUAGAGUGAUAAUACAAUGUUUGAGCUAAGUGUUUGCAUUUGUAACAUGCUUGAUCCACUAAUUUCAAAGGGAGUGAAAUGUUUGAAAAGACUGCUGGAUCAGGCCUUUAAUUGGGGUAUGAAUGGAAGUUUGCUUAAUUCCAAAUCAAUUUCUGGUGUUAAUGCAUUUAACCCACAUUUUUACAGUCAUUGGACCAAUGUAUCUCUUCUGUUAUACCUGUACAAUCCAAUUAACUUCAAUGGGGCUGUGCAAGUGUAUUAGAGGACCACUGACUGACUGUGUUUAGGAUUUAGUAUGUUUAUUUUGGUGGCAUGGCAUUUUAAACAUGCACUCCUUAAACUAUCUGUAUGUCAUCACCUGAGACUCAAAUUGUGACAAAGAUGACCACUGAAACUCAUUUCUAUGCAAAUCAACCAGAUAAAUAAAAUCAGAGCUUUCUGUGUGA